AUGUCUACCAGUGCCAAUUCGCAAACAGCAGCACGCACCAUUGACAUCACGCCUUCCUCCUUCGCCUCCCUUCCACCAACACAGAACACCAGCCUUCAACAACCAACAGCCCACCAAAGAUUCCUCAACAAUCCCAGACAUCUGAAAAGACUCUUCACUCACACGACACUCAAAAGCCUUCUAGCCUGCCAACGCGUCUGCAAACUCUGGAAUCAAAUCAUUACCUCCUCUCACGCAUGCAAAGAGAAACUCUUCCUCACUUCGAGUCCUCCCAGAAGCCUCGAUUGCAUUCAUUAUUACUGUCAACAACAACAGCAACAACCAAGACUGAAUCCUCUCCUCACGCAGGUGAAUGAAUCCAUCUCCCAUCUGCAUCCCGUCUAUGAUUCUUUUCUCUCCGAAAGUGUCAACAACAACACUCUUAUCCUCACCUGGAAAGGAAGCUUUUAUACGCCUCAGAUCUUCUUCCCUCGAGCUUCGAAUCCUUCGCUCGGCAAUGUUAGUGUUCCUGCAGAUGCAGAUGCAGAUAGACAAUUAGGAGAAGAAAAAGAAGAAAUAGGAAUCGAAUUCCAACUCCGUCGUCUUUCAAGGUUUGAAGUCUGUUUUCUCAGUCUGAGACACUAUCAUCAUUGUCAAAACUAUGAGAAUCAUCAACACGAAGUCGAGAAAGGAGGAAGCAAAAAGAAAACCAGUGCGAACAACAAGAAGAAAGAUCUCGACGAUCUAAUCUUUCCAGGUCCAGAAGCAAGUCUAUGGAAUAUGUAUCUCUGUCAACCUCCACCUUCAUCUGUGAAUGUGACAGUUUGGAAGGCCGAGGAAGAGUACCUGGAGGGCGACGCCGAGGCUGGAUGGAGCAGGCAAAGCGGAAGCACGUCGGGAUAUGUAACGGAGAGGUUUAUGAUUCACAAAGCGUGGACGAUGAGGGAGAUUUUUGAGAGGAUGGAUGAAGCGAGGAGUAGAGCGAGGAGUAAAGAUGAGAAGGUGGAGGACAUUUCAUCACUGAUGAAGAGAAAAAGAAAGGGGAGUGUGGUGAAAGAUUUGUUGCUGUUAAGGAGAUAG